UUAUUGCGAAAUUGUGACGAAAAUCUUUACAGUAGUGUGGAUGAGUGGUCCGUAAAGCAGAUAGUAACAAAAUUUGAGUGAAUUUCAUAAAUUUCAAAGAGUUUGCGAUGCGGAUAAAUAUAAACGAAAUACGGCGCUCUGUCGCACAGCUGCGCGAGCACUUGCAGUCGACGUCGCAAACAGCUGACGAGAGCAGCGCGCUGCAGAAAUUUCUAAAGACAAACCAACCCGAUCAGAAAGAUGUUGAAGCGCUUUUCACAUAUUUAAAUGCCCACAUACUGGACGAACGCUGGACAGCAGCCAUAGCAACUCUGUUUGAAAACGUGUUAUUGUUAUUAAUCACACGCAGCAUUCCCUAUGAUGAGCAAGUGGACGAGACCAACUUUGAGUCGUACCAGAAGAAAUGUAUGGCGCUGGCCACCAUGAUGCGUUUGUCCGCAGACACAAAGCGUUAUGCCGUGAGUUACUUUCGCAACAAACCAGCGCCCUUCCAAUGUCCUGCAUCAAGUGCAGACGCAACUUCCAACAAACGUUUCAAGAAUAGCGCUGUUAUUACUUCGCUAGAUAUUGUAAAGUGCUGCUAUAAUUUGCUAUGUGCGCAUCCAGUAUUCUUUAGAGAUUUGUGGAAUUGGUCCGUAUUUCUCGAGCAAUUCGCCGAUUGCGCGCAAGAAGAUAAUUUGCAUCAAAUCUAUUGUAACCACAUUAUUGCAGUAUUAACAAAUAUGAACGCUGCGCAAAUGCAAAAUAUGAAUGCCCAAUUGCCAGCUGCUGCGCUACUGCAAUUUGAUCAAGAGCAGAAUUUAACGCCUUUAGUCAAAAACUGUUUCCCACGACAAACCACAGAAAAAGAUAAAAUAAUCGAAUUGGAAAUUAAGUCCCAACUGGUCACCGAUAUUGAAGGCGUUCUACUGCCUAUCUUCAAUAAGGAUAAUUAUGAAUUCUACGCGCACAAUGAUGGCCUACACGAUAAUAUAGUGAAAGUCGAUUCAACAAAAGUUAAUUUACGUAGCAUUGCCUUGGGCAUAGCCUCGGCAAAAGCCAUAUGCCUUUCGGGGCCCGUUGGUUGUGGUAAGACAACACUUGUACAAUAUUUGGCACGUAAGACCGGACGCAUUUAUGCAAAGCCUGAAGAAAUCGACAAGAAAAAUGUAGAAAACCAUAACCAUGAACUAAACGGUGGGCUUGUGAAUGGCAAAGGUAAAUUAUCAAGUGGUAGCAAAAGAAAACAUGGACUUGAUAUAUUAAAUAACUUGGAUCAAACCAUUACUGCCGAUGGUUUUAACGCCAACGGUUUCUUGCGCAUACAACUGGGCGAUCAAACUGACAGCAAAAUGCUCUUGGGGCAAUACCGUUGCACUGAUGUGCCUGGCGAAUUCGUUUGGCUGCCUGGCGUGCUAACGCAGGCUGUUAUGAAUGGUUAUUGGCUGCUGUUAGAAGAUCUGGAUUCGGCCACACAGGAUACCUACACAAUUUUGAGUAGUCUGCUGGAAAACAAUUACUUGAGCGUGCCCGGAUUUCGCGAUUGCGUCAAAAUCGAGCCUGGCUUUCAGUUGUUUGUAACCGUGCGCACCAAAUCGUCAACAAGCGCCGGACAGAAGUCACUUUAUGCACUACUCGAGAAAUAUCUAUACACAAUUAAUAUUUUGCCGCUUUCGCGUAACGAGCUCUGCAAGGUGGUUAGCACGAAUUACCCCAAAUUAAGCACUGUGGCCAAUCGCAUAGUCGACGUAUUCCUGACAUUCUCCAGCGGUGAUCACACAGCGGCUGAUAAUUUGCGACAACAAGAAUCUGCUGACAAAGCUGAUACCACCGAAAAGUAUAUCGCCUUACCGUUUGAGCAAGUUUCACUCUCAUCCAUUCCGAAUUCUGGUCGGUUGGUCUCAACACGCGACCUGAUCAAGUUGUGCCAACGCUCCAAUCCUGUAUUCUCCGUCACUAGUACCGAAUGCGCGUACUUUGUAUUUCAAAAUGCUGUUGACAUUUUCUGCUCCUACUUGCCGCAAGGCGAGGACAAAACAAAACUAAUUACUAGUAUCGGUGCAAAAUUGGGAAUUAUUCAAUCACGUUGCGAAUAUUUUGCUAAUGAUUAUAAACCAGAAGUGCUGGUUGACAAUAAUAGCAUCAAAGUUGGGCGCACAGAAUUGUAUGCGCGUCCAAUGGAGGUUAAACUAAGCAGUGAAACGGCGGAUUUACAAGAGGAAGCCGACAGUGGAGGACCACCACAGGCAAUAAAACGCCAAAAACUGAACGAUAAUUACUUGAAUGUCGAAAAUCAAUUGGCGAGUUUGAAACGUGCUUUGAAGGCUUCCACGCACGCAACUUUUUCUUUUACCAGAAUGUCAUCGUGUAUUUUGGAGCGCAUAGCCGUAUGCGUGUCGCAUGCUGAGCCGGUGCUGCUCGUUGGCGAAACUGGCGUUGGCAAAACAUCCUCCGUGCAGUAUUUGGCCGAACGCACGCAUCACAAAUUGGUUGUGGUCAAUAUGAACAAUCAGUCGGACGUUUCAGAUCUCAUCGGUGGUUUUAAACCGGUUGAUUUGACUUAUGUAAUCGCGCCACUGCGACUUGAGUUCGACACCAUCUUUCGCGCUACGUUUAAUGCUGAAAAAAAUCAAACAUUUCUUUACAAAAUGGAAAUUUGCUAUAAUCAAGGCAACUACUCGGUUAUCAUUAAGUUGAUGCUAGCGGUGAUUAAUUCAGUUUUCGGCAAAGCCGAACGAAAUGAGUUGAAGCAAAAGGAACUCGACCUAUUGCCACGUUGGCAGGCACUCAAAAUGAGUGUAAACAAAUUGAAUGCCCAAUUGAGUAAGUCAAUUAACAUUUCCUUUGCUUUUAUACCGGGUUCAUUGGUGAAUUGCAUUAAAAACGGCGACUGGAUACUGUUGGACGAAAUCAAUUUGGCCUCGGCCGAGAUGCUCGAAUGUUUGUCGACAAUUUUAGAGCCUGACGGAUCGGUGGUGUUGCUGGAACGUGGCGACUUCACACCAGUCAAACGGCAUCCCGAUUUUCGCAUAUUUGCCUGCAUGAAUCCCAAUACAGAUAUUGGCAAAAAGGAUUUACCAGUUGGCAUACGCAAUCGCUUCACCGAAUUUUUCGUCGACGAACUAACCACAGACGCUGAUCUCACUUUACUCAUAAGUGACUACUUGAAAAAUACCGGCAUACAGCGCAAGAGUGUGGCUAACUUGGUGCAGUUGUAUAAGAAACUGAAGUUGUUGUCCAAGUUGGAAUUGAACGAUGGCCUCGGCAAUCGACCAGUCUACUCUUUGCGUACGCUGUGUCGCUCGUUGCGCAUUUGCGCCAAGAAUUUGUGCGGUUCGGUAGAACGAAAUCUCUACGAGAGCUUUUGCAUGAGUUUUCUCACACAGCUGGAUCCAGUUUCGCACAACGUGGUGCUACAUUUGAUACAGCAGGCACUCUUAAGCAAUGCCAAGGCCAUUCUAAGCCAGGCAAUACCUAAACCAGGUGAGAAUUAUUUGAAUUUCGAAGGCUACUGGAUACAACAAGGUCCCAAAGAGCCUGAGGAAUACGUCAGCUAUAUUUUAACGAAAAGCGUGAGAGACAACCUGCGUGACUUGGCGCGUAUUAUAUCAAUUGGCAAACUGCCAGUGCUGUUGCAGGGACCUACAAGUGCCGGCAAGACGAGUCUGAUUGACUAUGUGGCGCGUCGUAGCGGUAACCAUUGCCUGCGCAUUAACAAUCAUGAGCACACUGACCUGCAGGAAUACAUCGGCACAUAUGUCGCUGAUGUGACUGGCAAAUUGAGCUUCAAGGAGGGCGUGCUGGUGCAGGCUAUGCGCAAUGGCUAUUGGAUUAUCUUGGAUGAGUUGAACUUGGCUUCCACUGACAUUUUGGAGGCGUUGAAUCGUGUACUGGAUGACAAUCGUGAACUCUUCAUACCCGAAACACAGACGUUGGUGAAGGCGCAUCCAAAUUUCAUGCUCUUCGCCACACAAAAUCCACCUGGCUUAUACGGGGGCCGCAAAACUUUGUCGCGCGCCUUCAAAAAUCGUUUCAUCGAACUACAUUUCUCUGAAAUACCGCGCGACGAGCUCGAGACUAUACUAGAAAAACGCUGUCUGAUACCAGCCUCGUAUGCCAAAAAAAUGGUAAUGUGCAUGUCCGAUCUGCAGAAGAAUCGCAAGACCACAACCAAAAAUGUAUUUACCUUGCGCGAUCUGUUUCGGUGGGGUAAUCGUUACACUUAUGCGGAUAAGCAGCUGCUGGAAAAUGCGCAGUAUGACUGGAAUCAACAUCUUGUCGAAGAAGGUUACUUGGUAUUGUCCGCCAAAGUGCGCACAGACAUUGAAAUCGAAAUUAUCGAGGACACCUUGUAUAAAAACUUUCGCAAACGCAUCGAUCUGUCUAGACUUUUUGAUGCGCAGUCCAGCGUGGAGGCGUGCUCGGCGGUGACGCAUAAUAUCAUCACCGCCAUAAGAGCUUACAAGCUGCGUGCCGACAUAGUGUGGACGCGCAAUAUGACGCGCAUGGCUGUGCUGACGGCCAAGGCUUUGCAGUUCAACGAACCCGUCUUGCUUGUGGGUCCCACCGGCUGUGGCAAGACCACAGUUUGCCAGCUAUUAGCCAGCAUUCGUGGUGUGCAGCUGCGCAUACUCAAUUGUCAUAUGCACACAGAAGGUGCAGAUUUUCUGGGUGGCUUGCGGCCGUGUCGUGAAUCGUGCGAUGAGAAUAGCAAUGCGAAAAAACUAUUUGAGUGGGCUGAUGGCCCUUUGAUACUCGCCAUGCAGGAAGGCUCCUACUUCAUGGCUGAUGAGAUCUCUUUGGCUGAAGACUCAGUGCUUGAGCGUUUGAAUUGUAUUUUAGAGCCAGAGCGCACUGUUUUGCUGGCAGAGAAGGGUGGCGUUAGCGAGUCCGAUAAUCCAGCAGAAAUCGCGAAAGAUUUUGUGGUGCAGGCGAAAGAAGGAUUCCAGUUUUUGGCCACCAUGAAUCCAGGUGGUGAUUUCGGUAAGAAGGAGCUUUCACCGGCAUUACGUAAUCGUUUUACUGAAAUCUGGUGUCUACCAUCCGAUGCGAAAGAGGACCUAAUACAAAUUGCUAGCAACUGUAUGUUGGAACACUUACAAAUGUCGGCCGACACUAGCAGAGAAGACAUAACGAAAAUCGCCAGCUACUUGGUGGAAGUGGUCUUGUACAUGCGCGAUGUAGUUGAGAAAUUCAAAUACUCCAUACGCGACAUAUUAGCGUGGGCGAACUACAUUGCCAGCAAUGCGCACUUAACAUUUCCGGAGAGAGCUAUUUUUGGCUUGGAAACAAUAUUUUUAGACGCUUUGGAGCUUUUGCCGCACGAGACAUUGGAAAAGGUUGAGUUGCUGCGAAAGCAGAUAGUCGCAUUCGCCAUCGAACGGGCUGCUGUUAUUCUGAACGAGCACUUCACGUUUGCUGAUUUGGCGGAAAAGCGUGGCAAGGAAGUGAUUCACACUGCCGAGGAAUUCGGCAUUAAGCCCUUCUUCAUAGCGACCAACGCCAGUGCGAGUGCCGCCGCAAGCAAAGCAUUUCUAUUCGAAGCGCCAACAACCAAACAAAAUCUAUUUCGUCUAUUAUCGGCGCUUUCGCUGCGCAAACCCAUACUUCUGGAAGGACCGCCGGGUGUCGGUAAGACGUCCACCGUCGAAAGCAUUGCCGCCGCCAUAGGCUAUCGCAUCGUGCGCAUAAAUCUCUGUGAGCACACUGAUCUCGCUGAUCUUUUUGGCACCGAUCUGCCAGCCGAGGAUAAUAUCUUAGACGCUGCGGCAACGGAGGAAAGCUUAAGCGACAAUGCCGCAUUUGCAGGUUCGUUUGUGUGGCGCGAUGGUCCACUAUUGGCCGCACUAAAAGCUGAUAAUACCUGGAUUUUGUUGGACGAGCUCAAUUUAGCACCACAGUCCGUGCUGGAGGGUCUCAAUGCGAUACUCGAUCAUCGUGGCGAGGUUUACAUACCGGAAUUGAAUAAAACAUUCACGCUGAGCAAAGAGACGCGCGUUUUCGCCUGCCAGAAUCCGCUGAAACAAGGCGGCGGGCGCAAGGGUUUGCCUCAAUCCUUCCUAAAUCGUUUCAACAAAGUCUACCUGCGCAAAUUGAACACGCAAGACUUGCUAUUUGUUGUUAAUGGUAAAUAUGAGCGCUAUUUUGAAAAAUUGCGUACCAGUUUUGCCAAACUACUCACAAACUGCAGCAUCGAUAACGGAACAAAUCUCUUUGAGUUUUACAAGAAAUCGUGCAGCGGUGCGCCAUCGGAAAUCGUUGAGUCGUCUACUACGCAUGAAGCAAGCGUUGUGCCUGAAAUUGCGCUAGAUGUGUCCAACCGCCUGGUACAGUUUUCCGAAAUACUGGAUAAAGGCAUAACGGCGCUGGAGUUCGGCUACAGAGGUGGACCAUACGAAAUAAAUCUGCGUGAUAUAUUACGCUGGUGUGAUUUGCUGGUCAAUCCCGAAACUGGUUUCAUUUUCCAAACCGAUGCCUGCUCAACAGUGGCCACACGAUUGGGUAUAUUUCGAAAAAAUUUCGAAAACUUUUUGUUAACCCUUUAUGAGCGCAUGAAAUUGGUUUACUAUCAGCGCAUGCGUUGCGAAGAGGAUAAACGUUUCAUACGCAACGCAUUCGCCAAAGUAUUCGAAUGCGAUGCCGAACAAUUGAACGCCAUCUCCGAGGAUGUGUCACUCUAUUGGACAGCUGAUGAGAUUUAUUUGAACGACAUUGUGCUGCAGCGCAGUGGUGAUCCGCAAGCUUUGCGCCCGCUUAGAAGCAGGGACUUGUGUCCGAUUUUGCUGGCUUCGCAGCGUGAAAUGCUGAAGAAUGUGGUUGAAUGUGUGCGCAUGGAGAAGCCAGUGCUGCUCUGCGGGCCCACCGACACUGGCAAGACAAAGCUGAUCGACCUUUUGUGCGCGCUAACGAAUCAAGUGUGCAAUACGGACAACAUAGAUGACUCGGUGACGGGCAGUUUUCAGCAGAUUGAUCUGAACAGGCAUUUAGAAGAAAUAUCGCAAAGUAUUGAGGCAACGCUCGCUGUCCAUUUACGCGCGUUGAUAAUUGAAUGUAAAUCAAAAGCUUACAAAAAUGUGGCACAGCUGCUACAGGUUUGGGGCGAUUAUUGCAGAGAGUCCAACGUGAAACUGGCUACCAACAACGCCACUUCUAUGUCGGAUGAGCUGUUGAAUUUCCGCAAACGUAUACAACGUUUAAACAGCGUAAUCGCGCAACUAUUACCAUCCGCCAUUGAUGCGCCCUCGCUUUCUGAAGACGCUCUAAUUCAACAGCAAAGUCGGCUUAGUAUUUUGGAAAAUCAUGUACGCAACGCUGAUACACUAAAUACCGGCGGUUCAUUCGAGUGGGUCGAUUCGAAAAUUGUCAAAUCACUUAAAUGCGGUCAAUAUAUUCUCUUGGAGCAUGUGAACUUAUGCUCGUCAGCCGUUCUAGAUCGGCUCAAUCCGGUUUUCGAACCGAACGGCAAUCUCUUAAUAUCCGAAAAGGGCGUAUCGGCCAAUGAGAGUGCAGAGCUGGUUGAGAAAGCGCCAAAUUUCCGCGCUUUCCUCACUAUUGACCCCAAAAACGGCGAACUUUCGCGUGCCAUGCGCAACCGCUGUGUGGAGCUGGCCAUAGCCAAGGACGCCUACAGCACGGACGACAUGCGCUUGAUUGUGUACUUCAAUGGCGUGCGCGGCACACGUGCUAUCAAUUGCAUUCUAAACAUACACAUACGACUCGUGCACUCAACGGAAAUCAACACUUACAGUAUCUCGCAUCUCACACAAUUCGCCUUUCUGACCGCAUCCUAUGCGCGCAUCGGCUACGACAUCGAACGUGCCAUCUAUGUGAGCGGCAUGGAGGUGUAUGUCUAUGCGGCCAACACAGAUCUAAUGGGCUAUGGACUGGCGUACUAUCAGAAUCAGUUACGUGAAAUUGUCUUAGAAGAAACAAAGAAAUUCGGCGCAGGCGCCACGACAGCAACUGAAGAUGUCGAUCGUUUGGGGCGCAUUUUGCUGCACAGUGAUGCGCUAGACGCGCUCUCUUUAAUCAAAUUGCAAGCGGAACCGCUCAGUAGUCUACUGCGUUAUGGCGCACACGCGCAAGCUGCGUUAAAAGAAGUGUUUGCCGCGUUUGAAAGUGUGGACUUCUCGAAAAUCAACACACAGGAGGCCAUAAAAUAUUGCAUUUAUAUGCUGUACGAAUCGAGUAGUAUCAGCGAUGCUGAACUGCGUUAUCUGUACUUGGAAAAACUGCUGUGUUCAGCACCUGCGUUGCAGGAGUUUUCGAAGUCACUCUACGCUUGCGUCAAACACGCAAGCACUAAAUUCGACUUGACAUUGCAGCAGCUGCCGUGGAAUAGCAAACUAUUUUCGCGUAUACGCGCCUAUGCAACUCAACCGGCAGAUGCCAAAAAUCAUAAAAGCUUUUGCCUGAGCGCGCAACUCGUCGCGCAUUUGUUGCUGCAGCCUCUGUCACAGCCCAUGGCAUGCGACAUUAAUGAUAUGGACGUGCUCACCUACUCACAAACUGUUGCUGCCAACUUAGUCGUCGACCGUUAUGACAAUGUUUUAUUGCAAAAUCUCUCCAAUUUUCUUGCGCGCAUGCGUGAAGUGUUGAGCGCUUCAUUGGAAUAUGCGCAUAUUGACGUGGAAACAUUUUCGACAAUAAUUACGGCUUAUUUGUGGCACAAUCGACUGCUGGCGCUAGCGCAGACAAAGUUGAUGGUGCGCAAAGAGUUGAAUAGAAAUCUGUUGGAUAAACUGGUGUUGCACUUCAAGUGGCUAGAAAAAAAUUUACUGCAAUUGCUCGCCACAAUGCUGCCAAAUUAUUGCCAGUUAAAUGCCGAAUUCAACAGUAGUUUACAGCGAAUAAACAGUUAUGUGCUAAGCAGAAAGCAGCCACUGAAUUUAAUGCGCAAAGUCUACAAUAAACAACUCACACACUACCCGCCCUUCUAUCAGGAAGAACAGAUCAAGUUUUACCAGCUGGUUCGGCGAAUGGAUCAAUUGCUCGAUGUGGUGCCAUCCUAUGGCAGCUACGCGCCGGAAAGCGUGCUAAAGAAAUUUUUGCUGCAGAAAUCCGACAACGCCCGACGCGCGCAUGCCAUUGUCAAUAGAUGUAUGGAGCAGCGCAUCGGCGUAGCAGUCGCGCAGAUACAACUACAACUACAACAAUCAGCAAACGUACAAAUACCUGAAGCGCUACGCUCGGCAUUGCUGGAGUUUACCAAUAUAACUGCAGAAAAAAGCAAUGGCGCAUAUGAAGACUUGGCUGCUCUGCAGGCAGAAAUUGAGGGCUUGCAAACGCAGGUAAACGCACAGGAAGAACUGGCCGCGAAGCUGCAACCAAAAGAAUAUGAAAUUCGGCUGCUUGCAGUGCUUGAAUUUUACUUAUCCAAAGCGUUGUGCGCUAUUGGCGGCAACAACGUGCACAUAAACGAGUCAUACUGCGAGGAAGUCGCCUCGCUAAGCAACGCGACAUGGCAGCUAAUCAAAGUAAACAACUCCAGUCUGUAUAAACGCCACGAAAAAGUGUGGACGCAAUUGAUGUUGCACUUGUCGAGCACAGAAGUAGCUGAUGAUUUCGAGCAGCUUUUGCUGUAUCUGAAUGGCAAUUACAAAACCUUCAAUUCCUAUCAGACUCAACUGCAGCACGCGCUCAACAAUAUGCAACUGUGCAACUUGGCCACGCGCGAUAGUCUUACAAAUGUGCUGAAUGUAGCGGAAGAUAUUGAUUGCUCGUAUACCUACGCGGGUUGCGGUUUCCUAAAUGCGUUCUACGCGCUGGUGUUCCACAAAAACGGCAGCUUGCGUCCAGUGCCGCUAAGCGAAUUGAGCGCAUGGCAGGCAACGCUGCGGCAAUUACAGCAACUACUCUGGCAAAACGCCUCAAUGCUCACACCGCAGCACAACACCUGGCAAAAUAAUUUGCAUGUUGCGCAAACCGGCGCGCGCAAGCUGUUGCACGAAGUUGCAUAUGUAAAGAAACUGUGCGACAGUUUGGAGAACGAGAACUUCAGCGAAUACAAUGAGUGCUUCCAAAAGCUGGUGCAGUGUUUGACAUUGGCGCAUGCGGAAAGCAUAAGCGCCAGCAAUCCAGGCAAAAGGGACGCGCUUCACUACCAGUCGGUGCAAUACCGCGCAUCUUUGUUAAGUAGUUUGAUUGGUGCCAUCGAAGUCUGCUUGUUCACGUUUACGCCACUGAUUGAUCCCGUGGAAAAGAAUCGCUUGAAGAAUCUUUACGUUGGCGAAGACAUAAAUUGUCUCAAUACAAUGACGACUGUUUAUGAUUUUAUGCGAAUUGUGAUGAAAUAUAAGCAUUUUGGCGCUGAAAUAUACGACGCCUUUGAGCAGCGCUUGGAGUUGCUGCAAGCAAAGCAACAAAAAUUCGCGCGUAAAUUGGCAUUGCGUCCGGAAAAGUGUCUCUACAGCAAACUCGUGGACGACAUAACGCACUACCUCAAAACGAAUUGCGCACCGCAGGCCAUGCUUGCGCUCAUACAAAAUGCGCAAAAAUCAUGGACGCAACUUACAAGCGAUUUUCAUGCCAGCACAGCUGCACAAAUUCUAAACAACAACGCGGAAGUGGUGAACAAAAUAAAUUUGUGGAUAAUCAAUUCACAGCGUUUCCUCAAACACACGCUAAAGGCGUACAUGGAUCACUACCAGGAUUUCAUGCAACCGCUGCAGUAUUCCAUUGAGCAGCUGCGAUUCGGCUUUGAGGGCCUGAAAGUUGUGCUCACGCAGGCAAGCAGCAAUAUUCUACAGCUGGAGCGCGCAAGUGCGUACACCAAUUUGAACGCUGACGCCAAGCUUUCCGAUGCUUUAGCGAGCAUCGCGCAGUUCCCGGCGACACAUGAAUUCAUGGACUCCGCUGUGGGUUUAUCACGGCGCGCGGUGCUCAAACAACGUUCUUAUUUAAAUGCCGUAAUAAAAGAAUUACCGCAUAGCGAGCACAGCUACUUCCGGCUGCUCAAAGCGAAGCUCAUCGAAUUACGCAACGCCAUCGCCAUUUCAGUGAAUAUAAAUGAGGAAAUGUUCAAUGAAUUGGACUACAUUUUCAAUGUGUCGAAUGAAAUCUGGCAGGCCGAAGAGGAACGUCGACGCGCGCAAAAAGUUGAGGAGGACAGCCUGUAUGUCAACAAGACGAGAUGCGCCGAAGAAGACGAAGAACUGCUGGAACUACAAGAAAUCGAGUCGCAUUUCCCCACAAAUGUGGAAGAGGACUUUGGCGAAUUCCUCAUCGAAGCGUCGCUGGAGAAGGUUGUGAAACUGGAUAAAAAGUCUAAUUUGAAAGCGCAGCCGACGCAAGUGAUACGCGAUGAGGAUUACACAUUUUUAGCCACGCAAUUCAUCGAUUUGAUGACGCAAUAUACGCGCGUGUACUACCACAAGCCAUCGACGUCUGCUGCACAGCAAUUGGAAUUCAUCGCGCCAUUUGAAGCACGCAUGCAGGCCUUUGUGCCGUUAUAUGCGCACUACAAGCGCGGCUUGAAUGAUUGGCUAACCGAGGCGGCGUAUAACAGCUGCACCUUUGCGCUAGCGCUGCAACAGCAACAGCUUGGCAAUGCUAACACGUCGCUGCUUGCCAAAAGCACGCCAUCCUACAAUUACUACAAAGAUGCCAACAUACCAGAAAUAAUGGGCUGCCUUGAUUUGUUGCGCGACAUUGAAGCGCGCGCUGAUGAGCAACUAGCAUUAUAUCCCGAGCAUGCCAGCCUGAUAGACAUCAAAACCGUCAUCGAUAGAAUACGUAAGCUGCCGGCCACAGCGUCUGUUGUGCGCUUCAACACUGGCUUUCAGCUGCUGCGCCAAAAGCUCGCCCAAUGGAAUGAGGUGGCACAUAAAGGCAAUCAUAUGCGCCAGCAAGAAGUGGCUGUGGCCGAGUAUGUGCAGCGUUGGAUGAAACUCGAGCUGCAGUGCUGGCGCAACUGUCUCAAUCAAACGAAGGAGAAAAUCGAGGCAAAUGCACACAAAUACUGGUUCUUCAUCUAUCAACUGCUGCAAGAGUAUCUGCGCGCGCGCGAACUCGACAGCUCUUACACCGAUAUUAGAAACACCGAAAAACGUUUUGGGGCUAGCGAAGUGCUCGAUGAGUCCGAAGUGGAGCAGAAGACCAAGGUGAGCGCUAGCGAUAUUAUACGCAUACUGCGUCAAUUUGUGGAAGCUGCAAACUAUGGCGAUUUCCAUGUGCGCCUACAACUUUUGCAAGCAUUCGAACUUUAUUUGCACAACGUUAGUCGCUUGGCGCUGGACAGCAGCACCGUUGACGAUGCACGCGCCCUAAUUGCCGGUCUGCGCAAUUUGCAAAUCUAUUUCGCACAGUUUGCGCAAGAAAUUGAGGAUGCCGCAUUGAGCAAACGCGCGCCCAUCGAGAAGAAACUGAAGGAACUGGUGAAGAUCGAGAGUUAUAACAAGGAUCUGUCCUACUUUAGCAUGCGUAAUAAUGUGGCGCGUGUGCAUCGCAAUCUAAAUAAAUUCCUGAAGGAAUACGAACAGCAACUGCAGCAAAAGAUUACGCUAGUUUUCCAGCCAAAGGACGCCACUGUGAAGGAUUACAAUUUUGAAAAUGACAAAGGACGCGAACUGCGCUAUGACACACGCAUCAAGUAUUAUUUAGUUGAAGUUAAACACUUUGUGGCGGCACCAAAGUUGGUCGAGAAAUUCGCAGUGGCCGAUGAUGCAGAUACUGGCGAUAAACUGGCAGUCGAAGCGAGCGAACAAAGCCUUCUGGGCAAGGUGGGACAUCUCUUUAAAACAUCUCGAAAUGUUGUAAAGGAAACUGUGAGCAACGCCCAGUUCUCGAAGCUAAUAAUUGCUUUAGAUAGUCUGCUUUGUGAGCAGCUGGAGCGCUGUGAUGAGCUGCGCUCGCUUAAUGUGGAUCGCAGCAAGGAGCGUCCAAAGCAAUUGCUCGAGGCUAAGCAGAUAUUGCAGCAAAAACGUAAGGGACUGACCGAUCUAUUCAAGACGCUAACACAACUGGGCCUGAGCUACAAAGCUGGUCUAAUGGAGUUGUCGUUGCGCACCGAUUUCACCGAGUUCACUUUGCCGCCGUUCUGCAUAAAGACAAUGCUUGGCGCGCGCAACGAUAGACAUUUGCACAAACACGUGCUGCACCUGAACGAGAAUCUGGAUCGGUAUUAUGCCAAAUGUGAGUUCAAGUUAAGAUUGCUGCAGAACAUCAUGCUGGCGCCACUCUCCGAGUUGGGACCGCCCAACAUAGAACGCAUCAAGGGCUUUGCGGUGGAUUUGUUCCUCUUGGUGCAGAGCCAAAGACGACUACUGGCAAAUACGAGCAAGCAAAUUUAUGAUUUGCAGCUACAGAUGGAGCAUAUCAAGGAACUCCACGAAGUUUGUUGCGUUGGCGAUUCGGCGACGGCUGUGGAUGGUCUAGCUUUUAGGGAAGCACGUGAUGCAUACCUCAUCUUGCGUGAAUCCAUUUCGCGCGUGCGUUAUGUGAUGGAGCAGUUCAGCUUGCUAUUGACGUGCGCUCCAACCAGCGAGAGCGUAGUGAGUUCGGUGCUGACGCAUAGUGAAAAUCGUUUGUUGCAAAACUCGCCAUACUUCACUGCAAUCAGCAAUAACUGCGAAGAUAUACUAAAAACUGCGCAAUCCACACUCGCCGAUAUGCUAAAGAACGACAAGGAGUUCGUAAAUAUUGCAAAGAUAGCCGCCUAUAGGGAUACCCACGAUAAACUGUGUCACACGCUGCAACAAAUUGCCAAUUGCUUGAGAGCUGAUUCGGAUGAACAUCUGCCCAUCGCUAAACCCAUCUUGGAUCUACUCAAUUUCGUGGAGUCAUGCAACAAACGCUUGUCCUCGCUGCGAGACCUCAAUCCGCCAACAGAUUUGGAGAGUUUAGAUGCUGUGUUGGAAAGCACACUGCAUGCCAUGCUACUGGCCUUGCAAAAGCUUUAUAAAAAGUACACCGAGACGACGGCUGCACCCACAGAGGACUCGGUUUCGCCAAGCAAAAUGCGCAAUGAACUGGAAUUGCAGGAGAAGCAUUUGAAGGAACAACUACACGCCGCACUUGAGUCCGAUUGGCAGACGCUGAAUAUCGUGGAUAUUGUCGAGCAGCUGUCGAACGUUCUGCUCACGCUGAAGCAUGCGGCUCCAACGCAGUCGAAAUUGGCCUAUGCUUGCAAGCUCACCACCCUCAUGCCAAUAUUGGAGCAAUACUAUUUACUGGCCGACUACUACCUCUUCCAGCAGUUGGGUGCACACAAAGUGUCGGCAAAGAUGCUAUCCGUUAUGUUGACGGUGUUUGUGGAGAUCGGCAGCAACGGAUUCUGUGUGCCUCCCGAUCUAAUGCAAGAUGAGGAGGGCCAGGCGAAAGAACAGAAAAAUGGUGAAGGAUUUGGACUGGAGGACGGUACAGGUGAGAAGGAUGCUUCGGACAAAAUUGAGUCUGAAGACCAGCUGGACGAUGCAAAACGACGAGAAGAUCGCAAGGAGGAGGAGGGCAAACAGCCGGAGGACUGCAAGCAGGAUAAAGGUAUAGAUGUGAGUGAGGACUUUGAUGCAAACAUGCAGGAUCUAGAGAAACCCGAAGAAGACGACAGUGGUGAGUCAGAAGAUGAUGACGAAUUAGAUAAAGAAAUGGGUGAGACUGGAAAAGAAGCAGAUAAGUUGGACGACCAAAUAUGGGGCGAUGACGAAGAGCCAAAAGAGGAAGAAGAAGAUGAGAAUGAACAGGAAGAGGAACAAGGUAAGGGCACAAAAGAUGAAAAGGAUACGCACAACGAUCUGGAUGCAAAGAACGAUGCGGCCAAUGAAAACGAAAAGGACGAAGAAGGGCUAGAUGCUGCAAAUGAGCCGACGAAUGAAAAGCGAAAACAACAAGAGAAAGAUAUUGAUAACAUGAAAGAACCUGAGGUGGACGAAGAGCAAGCAAACCCCUACCACAAUGAAUUGGAAGAGCCACCAGAAGCAGAAGAAAUGGAUUUGGGUGAUAUGAAUGCGGAUAAUGAGCAGGAGGAUGGGGACGACGAAAGGGAAGGUGAAGAAAAUCCCUUCGAUAUUGAUAAAAUGAAGGAGAAUAUGGAGACAUUAGACGAGCAAACUAAAGAGGAAGAGACUAAAGACGACGAUAAUGAGAAUGAGUCAAAAUUAGACGACGACAGUGACUCCGAGGAUGGCGAUGAAGAUACCGAAUUGCGCAAAGACGAGAGCAGAGACGAAGAUAAGCAGGAAGACGAGGACGCCAAAACGGAGGAGGAUAAAGAAAUUGAUACGCAAACUCGUAGUGAGCAAGAAGCUGACACACCUGCAGAUGACAAACAAGAAGAAGAGCAGGAGUCGGCCGAGAAACCGGAAGAUUAUGAGCAGUCCAAGGAUAAAGUGAGCAAAGAAGAGAAUGUGCAAUCAGUGCCAGAAACAGAAAACAAAGGUACACCAGAUCAAGUGCAAAGCGAAAACGACCAAGACGUGAAGCAGGAUCAGAAACUAGAUGAACAGGAAACUGGCGAAGAAAAGGACGGUGUUGGACAAGCUGAAAAUGAUACCAAUGAUGGCGGCCACCAAGGCAUCGCGGAGACCAAAGAAAAAGUGGCGCAGGAGGAAAGCACUAAAGAGCAAAAGACUCAGGAGAAGCGUAAACAGGGCAAAACGAAUGAAGAACGCACAUUGGGUGAAGCGGAGCAGAAUAAGCUAAAGCAGCUGAAAACAAUAGAUAAAAUGAAAGAACAACAGCAAGCGGAUACUGAAAAUGAAGAUGACAAAGAAGCAGACGCGGAAGAGUUCCAGCAUGUAAAAGAUCCGAAAAACAGCGACAAGACAACGUUGGAUAAUGCCACCGAGGAGCAGUCAAAGCAGAUUAGACAUCAGGAAGAUGAAGAGCAGCAGGAAGCCGAAAACGAAGAUGAAGAGAGCAAUGAGAAUCUGCAAGAGGAGGAGGAGGAAGAAGAAGUCAAUCAUGAGGAGCAGGACUUAGAGGAGAUGAGCGCAGAGAAGUUUGAUCAAAAGUCAGACAAACCCUCGAAGACAGAGCGUAGCAAGGAACGUAGCGAGGCGCACGAAGAAAUGGAAGUUGAAGGCGAAGUCGUGCCCACCAUGACAGUCACACGCAGCGACGAUACAUCCGCGCAUUGCAACAAAGAGAUACUACUGGACAACCUGACACGGAAUGAAGAAUUGAGUGCAGCUGAAAUGUUGGAAAUGCGCAGGGCGUAUCAAGAGCAACUAACCGCCAAUAAAACCUCUCUACCCAUACAUGAAGAUUACGAGACGUGGCAAACAAUAUCGAGUCGUAUGUCACAAAAUGCGCGCGAACUAUGCGAACAGCUGCGUCUGAUUUUGGAGCCGACCAAAUGUACGCGCUUAAAAGGUGAUUAUCGCACCGGUCGACGCAUCAAUAUGAAGAAGAUAAUUCCCUACAUUGCAUCGCAAUUUCGCAAAGACAAAAUAUGGCUGCGUCGUACGAAAGCAGCACAACGCGACUACAAAAUCACGAUCGCAAUCGACGAUUCCAAGUCGAUGCAUCAUAACAAUUCGAAAACACUUACACUCGAAGCCAUCUCGCUAGUUUCGCAGGCACUAACGCUGCUCGAAAGCGGUCGUCUGAGCAUUGUGUCGUUUGGCGAAUCACCUCAAAUCAUUUUGAAUCACACAGCACAAUUUGAUGGACCCAAAUUGGUGAAUGCGCUGAAUUUUGCGCAGGACAAAACGAAAAUUGCCGAACUUCUCGAUUUUGUGCGCACUGCAAAUAUGGAAGAAAGUGCACUGGGCACUGAUAAUGGCCUAUUCGAAAACUUGUUGCUUGUACUGAGUGAUGGACGUAAUAUUUUCAGUGAGGGCAGAGUUAAGGCGCGAAAUGCUAUCAAGUUGGCGCGUUUGCAACGCAUAUUCAUAGUGUACAUAAUAAUUGAUAAUCCGGAAAACAAGGACUCCAUACUUGACAUACAAACAAUGGAAAUGCUGCCCGACAAACGCAUAAAUAUCAAAUCUUAUUUGGAAGACUUCCCAUUCCCAUAUUAUGUGAUUGUACGUGACUUAAAUCAACUGCCUUUGGUGCUGAGUGAGGCUAUGCGUCAAUGGUUCGAGUUGGUGAACAGUGAAAUGUGAAGCAGACGAUAAAAAAAAAGAGCAACUAAAGUUCUUAUAGAGGUUUUAGUGGUGUUUGUAAAAUUAAUUUGAAUUUUUUGUUUGUUUUAUAAGCGGAAUAAUUGCAGCAUUUAAGUUAUAAUGUUUAAAUUGUAUCAAAUAUAAAUAUAUUUAUAGAUUUUAAUUAAAUCUUUCUCGUGCUUUUGCGCUCUUCACUCUACGUA